CAAAAGGAGCCAUAUAGAGAAAUACAAAUAUAAGUAAGAGAGAGAGAGAGAGAGACAGAGAGAGAAGCUGAAAGUGGAGGAGAUGGAGCCUUGGGUUCGUGUGUUGGUGCUGGUGGCUUGCUUGUUUCCUGCCAUGGUUGAGUGUAGAGUUCGGAAUUACAAGUUCAAUGUGGUGACGAGAAACACCACAAGGCUAUGUUCGAGCAAGCCCAUUGUCACCGUUAACGGUCGUUUCCCGGGGCAGACAUUGUACGCGAGGGAAGACGAUACCGUCAUCGUCAAGGUCGUCAACCAUGUCCAGUACAACGUUACAAUUCACUGGCAUGGGAUCCGACAGCUUAGAACGGGUUGGUACGAUGGUCCAGGAUACAUUACACAAUGCCCGAUCCAGCCGGGUCAAAGCUACACCUACAACUUCACCAUCACUGGCCAAAGAGGUACACUUCUAUGGCAUGCGCACAUCCUCUGGUUAAGGGCGACAGUUCACGGCGGCAUCGUCAUCUUGCCGAAGCGGGGCGUUCCUUACCCGUUCCCCAAACCCGAUAAUGAAGUCGUCGUCAUAUUAGGUGAAUGGUGGAAAUCGGAUACUGAAGCAGUGAUCAGCCAAGCCAUGAAGUCCGGUGUGGCACCAAAUGUCUCUGAUGCACACACGAUUAAUGGUCACCCAGGACCACUCUCUCCUUGCUCUUCACAAGGAGGAGGCUUCAAGUUACAAGUAGAGAGUGGCAAGACAUACAUGCUACGCAUCAUCAACGCUGCACUCAAUGAGGAACUCUUCUUCAAGGUCGCCGGACAUAAUUUAACGGUGGUCGAAGUCGACGCCACUUACACCAAGCCCUUCACCACAGACACCUUACUCAUCACCCCUGGUCAAACCACAAAUGCCCUUCUCACCGCCAAUCUCGGUGCCGGAAAGUACUUAGUUACAGCCUCUCCUUUCAUGGACUCACCAGUUGCAGUUGACAACGUGACUGCAACAGCCACAGUCCACUACUCUGGCACUCUAUCUUCUUCUGCAACCACCAUUACCCAACCUCCCCCACAGAAUGCAACCCCAGUUGCAAACAAGUUCAUCAACUCUCUCCGUAGCUUAAAUUCCAAAACAUAUCCAGCUAAGGUUCCAUUAACUGUGGAUCAUAAUCUUCUAUUCACAGUUGGACUUGGUGUUAAUCCUUGUGCCACUUGUGUUAAUGGGAGCAAAGUAGUUGCAGCUAUGAAUAAUGUCAGCUUUAUCAUGCCAACCUUUGCACUGCUUCAAGCACAUUACUUCAACAUUAGUGGAGUAUUCACUACUGAUUUCCCUGCCAACCCACCAAUCACUUUCAAUUAUACCGGUAAUCCACCGGGUACCUCGCCGGCAAACAUGGCAACCAUGAAUGGUACAAGGCUUUAUAGGCUACCUUAUAAUGCAACAGUAGAGCUUGUAUUACAAGACACAGGCAUCAUAGCUCCAGAGAACCAUCCUGUCCAUCUUCAUGGGUACAAUUUCUUCCAAGUUGGAAGAGGACUUGGGAAUUUCAAUUCUAAAAAUGAUUCCAAAAAAUUUAAUCUUGUUGACCCAGUUGAAAGAAACACGAUUGGAAUUCCUUCAGGUGGUUGGGCUGCUAUAAGAUUUACAGCAGAUAAUCCAGGUGUUUGGUUCUUGCAUUGUCAUCUAGAAGUGCACACGACAUGGGGACUUAAAAUGGCGUUUGUUGUGGAUAAUGGUAAUGGCCCCAAUGAAUCACUCAUACCACCACCAAGUGAUCUUCCUACUUGUUAAAGCAGAGCCAAAGGCUCCAAUCACAUGAUUUUUGAGUGGAUUGUUGCAUAAGAAGAAGAAGAAGAAGAAGAGCAAGAAAGAUGAACAUGAAGAUUGAUCCAUAAGAACAAAAGCUAAGGCACAAAUUAAUAAACAAGCGAGGGUUUUCAGUUUGCUUCUGGAGGAAACAGGGGAAGGUGCUGAAGCAGAGUUCAAUAAAGAACACUAAUCAACAAAAAGAAAAAAAAAAUCCCUUUUCUUUACGUACCGAUUUUCAUUUCCCCCUUUUCUCAUUAUAUAUUUGGAUUGUUAGUGUUCUAGACUUCUAGUGCUAAUUAAAUUUCCAAAGGAUCUUUGCAACCA